UGUGUUGCUACUGUUAGAGUGACUGAGGAAAUUACAAGACACAUUUUCACCAGGUUUAUUACAUUGUUCAGUCUGGUGAGAUGGAGAUGCAGCAAAGCAGCAGCAGCAGCAGCAGCAGCAGUUGUAGUUUGACUGACUUUCAGCAGCAGUGGGGAAGUUGUACCACCCUUCUGAAGCGUUUUUAUGAUGACCCCAAGGUAGCCCAGCUGAUGAGCACAAGACUCGGGCAGUACCUGAGCAGCCACCCUUUCUUUGCUCUCACAGUGUUACUGUUUGGCUCCUUGGCUGCACUGCCUGUCGGACUCUUCCUCUCUUUUGCUCUUGUGACCUCUAUCAUGUCGGCAGUAGGUUUUGUUUUAUUUGAAGUGUUUCUGCUGUCUGUAGGAGGGCUGUCUCUGCUGUGUCUGCUACCCGGAAUCGGCCUUUUUGCUGUCAUGGUUUCAGGCAUAUUUAUUGUGCUUUAUAUCACCGUCUCCAACAUCCUCAACCGCUAUUUUCCGCAUCUGACAAAGCAAGGUAAAGUCCAGGAGAAGAGUGAAUGUCAAACUUCUUAACUGAAGGAAAUGCAGUAGGUUGAUUCUUCAAACGACCCUUCAAAUGCACUGUAUGUAAUGGAUUUUCGAUGCACAAAGACUCCCUGAUUGUUACUGUAUGUCUAAGGCAUAAUACCUAGAUAUUUUUAUAAAAUUCCUGUCAUCUCUAUAUGUUGACAUUUUAUACAGAUGAAUUGUUGUGAUGUGGGACACUAGGCCC